CCCCCUCCUCCUCCGUCUCUGCCUGUCUCCGCACUGCUGGCCUGUAUCUGUUGUGUGUCACGGGCAGCAUCACAGCGGCAGACAUUUGGAGAGAAAAACACGGACUGCGGAUACAAAUUGCCCGCUUCAUGUUUUGCAAGGACAUAACCGGGGAACACAGAGAUUUCCGUGUUACUGCGCGCUGCCGCUGAAGCUCUUUUUUUUUGUCUUAUUUGCCUUGACACCCCUCCUUAUCCUGCCUGUGUGGAUGGUUGACUGCAGAUUUCAUGGUGCUGAGCAGGCUUGUCUGAUUGAAGGCUUGCGGCCAGGGGGGCAUCUGUGGGGCCGCAGAUAGAGAAACCUCUGUCCACUGUCCCGUCCCGUGCGCUGUAAUUGUGAAUGGACUGCGCUCCCUCCGUGAUUUUCUGCAGUCGCUCUGAGUCAUUUGUAGAAGAAGAUGGCGGACAGGGCUGAGAUGUUUUCCCUAUCCACCUUCCAUUCUCUCUCUCCUCCUGGAUGCAGGCCAGCCCACGACAUCAGCCUGGAGGAGUUUGAUGAUGAAGAUCUCUCUGAAAUCACAGAUGACUGUGGGAUUGGACUCAACUAUGAUUCUGACCCAUAUGAGAAGGACUCCCUUAUUCUGGAGAAGAAUGACAUACACCACCCAGUCUGCUCCUUUCAGGACGACUUUCAAGAGUUUGAGAUGAUUGAUGAUGAAGAUGAAGAUGACGAGGAGGAAGAUGAAGAGGAUGAAGAGGUUGAUCCUGAUGCACCUCCCUCCCCCUCAGCCUCCCCUCCUCCUUCUCCUACUCUUGGCACUCUAAAGAGCAGACCCACCACACUGAACCUAACCACUGCUGUGUCGCAGGAUUCACUGAACAACAAUAGCAGUCUAUCCCCAAAGAAAGGAAGCUGGCAGGACUCUUUGCGCAACCCAGCCUCACAGGGUCGUCUGUCUCCAACCCACUCAUGUCUGGAGGAUGGUAGCCAUGUGACAGGCCAGUGCCCAGCCUCUCCAAUUUCCCAGGUCCCAGGGUCCCAGAGCAAAGGUACUCCACCAAAUCAGACAGGGGAGGGCGGGAACCCCCAGUCUCCUCAUAGGCCCCUCCUCUGCGACAUGGAGGGCAACAGGCGAGAGAGGCCCGAAUACGGCUCGUUUGGUCAACAUAAGUCUCACCCAUGUUCUGGUGAUGCUACCGAUCCAAAGGCUGAUCCCUCAAUACAGACAACCAGAGUACCCUCCGUAGAUGAGCACUCCCAGUGUUCGGACACAGAGGUGGACCACGAUCUCAACAGCGACCACAACCACAAGCACUCAAACCGGCGUGCUACUGAUACCUACACCAUCACCAGCGAGUCAGGCAUGGAGCCAGAGAAUGACCUAGAUCUAGAUGGAACCAGCCGCUGCUUGUCAUCCACCGCACCCAUGGGAGCUAUCGAUGGUGCAGAUACACCCUUGUCUGAUGAGGAGCUGGAGAAAGACUUUGACGUAGAGUUUAUGUGUAAGGAGGCCUACGAUAUGGUUUGUAAGGAGAAUCACUCAUCAUAUGUGGAAUUCCCCUCCAUUGAACCCUCUGAGCCCGCUUCCUUCUCUAGUUAUGUUUCAUCUAGCCGCUCAGAAAAUAUCGACCAGUCCAACAGUUCAGAUGCUCAAGAAGCGUCUAAUGUGGAGGCAGCAGCUAACGACUCCACCUCUCCAUCCUCAGACCCAGGAAUAGCAGAUAUGAACCAACGGGGUUAUGUGACUUCAGACCAGGACAAAGACCUUAGCUCUCCAGGCUCUGAUUCUGACAUUGAAGGGGAGCUGGAAGCAGCAUUUGCUUGUGGUGGUCCUGUUGUCUCCAACAUGAUCUCAUCAAUCUCAGAGACAGAGCUGGACUUGACCAGUGAUGAAAGUAGUAGUGGACGCUCAUCUCACCUUACCAACUCCAUCGAGGAGGCCAGCUCACCUACGUCAGAUCAGGAACUGGAUCCAGACACAGAGUUGGAGCAGGACAGUGGAAUUGUUGGUCUGAAAACAUCUCUACUUCUAGGUCAGCCAGAUCCAAUCAAAGAAGGCUCUCCUCUACCCUCUCCAUCCCCACUACCCUCGCCCACAAUUGCUACACCAUCUCCCGUUGAUUCACCUAUCUUACCCCGUGAGGCCUACGACGAUGGUCAAGCUCUUACAGGGCUGCAGAAUGUGGAUGAAGACCUGCCCUGCGAGCACCAAGCUGACCCAGAUGAGACACUUCCUCCAGCUCAAUGCAGUGAGGAUAGUCUCUCCAGACAGAUGGUGCUCCAGAUAGAACCAGAUCACAGCCUAGAGAGCUUCAAACGCUCCUUCUACCUGCCAGUGGGACCCAGGCUAAUGCCAAGCUCAGAUGAUUAUGAUGGAAGUGAAGGAGACUCUGAAUCUGAAAGCGAAGAUGACCUGAGUGAGAACUCAGACUCUCCAUGGCUGCUUAGCAAUUUGGUCAACAGGAUGAUCUCAGAGGGCUCCUACCCAAUCAGCUGUCCUGAGGAGUGUUUCAAGAGGAAAGUGUCUGUGUCUGAUACCAUCUCACCAUCCUCCGAUAUUGGAGAUGGAGAUGGCUUCAAUGAUGAGGACCAAGCUAAGAAAGUUGGAAUGAAUGGAUCCCAGGAAAGAGGCAAAGAAAGUGAAGAAUCAAGAAGUAUUAACAUGCAGUCUUCAAAAGGAGCAACAGUGAUAAAUUCUCAUCUCUAUAUGAGCAAUCCAACUGCUGAUACCAUAACCCCACUGAUUUUAGAGCGUUGUGCAAACACCUCUUUGCAUACUACUAAAGACUGUGACAAGAACUUUGUAGAUAAACCAUCUAAGAAUGCCAUGAGACAAGAAGAUGAUCCCGAGCCCAAUAACGACUUGAUGAUGUUGGAGGAGAGGAAAGAUCUCGACUCACCCAGCCUUAGUGAGAGUGUGAUCAGCGACAAAGAUGAAGGACGAGAAACAGAGCCCAAGCCAACGAGCCGUUCCUCAGCCUCUCUCGAGCGUAUCACAGAAGUCAAACACAGCCUGACACUCGACAUACCCAGUGCUCAGACUAACCGAUGCUUCAGCCUCACUUAUUCCACAGACAAUGAUGAAGAAGAGGACGAUGCAGACUCUUAUCCUUUCCUAGGUGGCUUAAGGAAGCAGUCCCGUAGAGGUAGUGACUUAGAGCUGGACAGUUCACCACCCAUUGAUUCCAGCGUGCAGAAUCAUCCUUUACCUGAUCAUGACCUCCCACUGUGUGAGAAAGACCUGGAACUGAGGCAAUCAAAUGAAGACGAUGGACUGGCCUAUGACUCCAUGAAGUACACACUAGUGGUGGAUGAGAAUACUACACUGGAAUUGGUCAGCCUUAAAAGGUGCACUUCUGUUCUGAGUGAUGACAGUGAGCUUUCAACUCUUUGCGAUGAGGAGCCUUUGGGGACUGCUAACGUGGACUAUGGUCAUGAUGAUGAGGAGGAAGUGAGGCCAGAGCUUCUGAGCUCUUCUGAAGACUCUUCUCCCGAAGCUGACCUCCCUUUCUCCAAGAAAUUUCUCAAUGUGUUCGUCAACAGCACCUCCCGCUCCUCCAGCACAGAAUCCUUUGGACUUUUCUCUUGUACCAUCAAUGGAGAAGAGAGGGACCAGACACACAGAGCAGUCUACAGGUUCAUUCCCAGGCAUGCAGAUGAGCUGGAGCUGGAUGUGGAUGAUCCCUUAUACGUGGAGGAAGAAGAGGACGACUACUGGUACAGAGGCUAUAACAUGCGGACAGGGGAGAGGGGCAUCUUCCCUGCCUUCUAUGCUCAUGAGGUCAUAGGUCAAUCCAAAGAGCUGCUGGGAAUGAAAAGGAAUCCAGCGUGGAUCGAGACUUUCAGCGUGCAGUUUUUGGGGUCUGUUGAGGUACCUUAUCACCAAGGCAACGGCAUUCUCUGUGCUGCCAUGCAGAAGAUUGCAAUAUCAAGAAAACGGACGGUACAUGUGCGACCUCCCUCUCUAUGUGAGCUGGAGAUUAGCUUGCAAGGAGUCAAACUGAUUAUGAGCCUGGAGGAUGAAUAUGACACCCUUGAUGAGUAUGACAGAUGUAGUCACUUCUUCCAGAUGAAGAACAUCUCGUUCUGUGGAUGCCAUCCGAGGAACAAUUGCUACUUUGGCUUCAUCACUAAGCACCCAAUGCUGAACAGAUUUGCUUGCCAUGUGUUUGUGUCCCAGGAGUCAAUGCGACCUGUAGCAGAAUGUGUCGGACGAGCCUUCCAGGAGUACUACCAAGAGCAUCUGGAAUAUGCCUGCCCCACUGAGGACAUCUACCUGGAGUGAGAAAUGUUGCCAUGACAACCUUCUUCCUCCACAGCUUGUGUAUGUUCAUCAAUUUUGCCACCAGAGGGCAUUGUCAGUGGGGAUUUUUUUUUUUCGCUCCAUUGUAAAAUACUCUUCUGUCCCUCUAAAACUGGGAUCUUCAUUUCUACAGUAUGCUAGACAUUUGACUGAUUUCAUUCAUCCUUUUCUCUUUGUUUAUUUCCAUGAUCUCAAUGGAUUGAUUGCCUGUUUAUUUAAUCUUUUUCUAUGAUAUAAAAAUUAAGAUGCUGAGCACCUGUUUAUUUCAAGAUUCUUCUUUCGAGAUGAAAACAAUGUACCUACUACUGCUGUAUCACUUUUCAAUGCAUGGCUAGUAGGAUUACUGCACACAGACACACCAAGAAAUACACAUAUCCAAGUGAAUGGCAAGCAGCUCAACAAUCAGUAAAGGAACGCUGUCGAAUCAAGACGUCGGUGUUUGAGUUAACUGUAUAUAUGUUUUUGUUCAAUACUGAAAAACAGGUCAUUUAAUUUAUACUUUUAGUGACAUUGGAGCAAAGUAGAGAGAGACAGAGAGUACAGCGAGCGGUCCUUGGUCCAAGCUUACCCCUGUGUUGUGUACAAAUCGUAGUGUGUUGUAAAUACAUGUAUAGAGAGUAGACAUACAGGCGCCUCAUUCAGACUAAUUAAGAAAUGCUCACAGUUGAGACUGAUGGUGGGAAAUUUUGUUCUUGCUCUUGAUGUAUCACUCUGACAGGAUUAACUGCAGUUUUAAGAGAGUUUCGAUGAGUUGACUUCAGAUGAACUCUGAAUGUCGUUAACUGCAGAUAUAUUCGUUUUGGAUUUAGGGACAGUAACUCUCAGCAAAUCUGAAUGACAGAACAAAUUUACUUCCUGUUCUCAAAGUUGCACUGCUCUUAGAGCUUCAAUAGCAAGUCAUCCAGCUGGUACAGUUGCAAAAUAUUAGAUCAGUGUGUGCUUUAUAUGGCUGAUGCCACUUUUAGAUGAAAGAAAGCUAAGGCCCUCUGAAAAGCCAUAUUCUCACAUCUCUGACUGUUUAACUCUGCCUUUCAGUGCUGUCCUGGUCUCCGUUUUCUUUGACAAGUUUCAGUGAGGGAAAAGGAAUGACUAGAUCGAUUGAUAGGGGAGUGUCCUGCUAAUACGUGGUAUCCCAGUGGAGUCAAACCUUUAAAAUGUAAGAUUUACAGUUUUGUUAAUAGUUGGGCAUUUAUCUAAUGUUUAAGCAUGGUGAACAAGGAGAGAGAUGUGUUUCCACGUUUAAUUAUACCUUCAUUCACCUGUCACACAAUAGGUGAAUGAAGGAGGUUGGAGCGUCAAACCAUGCCUUGCAGUCUAGCACCUUAUAUAGAGGUGGGGGUAGCUGAAGCCCACCUCCCCAAUCCUCCCCAUUGUUCUCUCAGACACUGUUUAGCAUCUUUUUAUGCUGCUUUCAGUCAGUCCAGCAGAAAAAACACAUCUGAUUUGCAGGAUUUCAGUGUUAAAUAUUCACUGAAAGUUGACAUGGCAGGAGAGAGGGUAUUAUCUACAUAUGUAUUGCUGUCAGUUAGAUCGUGUAUAUACAAUAGCAAAUCUAUGAUAGUGCUGUGUCCUUUAUGUUGAGUAUGUUAUAAAAAUGAAUAUGUACAUGAAUUAAAAAGAAAUUUAAAAAAGAUCACGAGCAGAUGAAAACCCCUGAAAGAAAAACACACAAAUAUCUGUGAUCUGCAAUAAUUUUAUUUCAGUGUCUUUUCAUGUUUUAACACACGGUGUAAUCUCAGUCUGUCACACAGCUGGCAUUCGGGUUCCUGAAGACUCCAUAACACUCUACAAACAGGCUUCAGCAGCAGCACAUUUAGGGCACAUUUGUGAGAUGUGACAUCACUAGUGUGUGACACACAACCAAACUACUGACCAAUCUGCUGUUAGAGCUGAAUAGUGACUCAGUCAGCUGCCACUGGAAAACUAUUAUUGUGUCUUGCCGAUUAUAGUAAUCACCUUUGAGCUCCAACAGUGUGACCCAUCUCUGAUCUGUAUCUACUUGCCUCUGAUUCUGUUUUUCUAUCUUGUUACAGCCUAGUUAAAAUACUUCUUUUCACACAGCUACACAAGAGCAACCACUGAAGAUCUAGUCCAAUAUAGCCGCUCUGAAUUACUUCAGCAGUUAAAUCAACUUUUGACUUUAUUACUUUAACAGGAUUCUUCACUGUAUACCUAGAGCAAAAGAGUAUGUGACAGAACAAACAUAUCUUAUCUUGUAUCUUUAAAAACAAGGACUUGUAAAGUUCAAGGGAAAACAAAGAAAAAAAAAAUCAUUCGCCUUGUCAUGGGUUUGGUCUUAUGAAUAAAAUAUAUGCUUGAUGUCUGAACCUU